CCGCAGGCGGGCUCUCCCCCCCCCCCCCACGCUCAGCCGCCCGGCUCCGCCCCGCCCCGGAGCGGCCGAUCGAGGCGGCGCUGGGCGGCCGGGCGGGCGGGCGGAGGAGCGAUGGUGGGCCGGCGAUGUCCGCGGAACACGAGAAGGACCCCGCCGCGGCCCUCAAGAGACCCCGAGGUGGCGAAGGUGGACUGGAUGGGUUAGGAGGCUCUGCAGUGCAACUUGGAAGCCCGGACAAGAAGAAACGCAAGGCUGUGGCUCAGGGCUCCUGCUUCCCUCCACCCUCCGAAUAUGCUCCGCCGCCGAAUCCCAGCUCCGACCACCUGGUAGCAGCCAACCCCUUUGACGAUAACUACAACACGGUUUGCUACAAACCGCUGCCGCCGGCGGGAAACCCUUAUUUCGCAAGCCCCGGUUACCCAGGCUUUGGGGGCUACAAUUCCUUCAGGAUGGCCCCGCACCUGCUUCCCAGGAUGGCCUCGCAGUACGGCGCCUCCUACCCGCUCCGGAGCCAGCCCCACCCGUUUCCGCAGAGUCCGGUGGGGAUGGUCUUCAGCCGGCCUCAGGCGAUGAAUUUCGGGCCCCACGAAAACGUGGGCUUUGGGAACCAGCCGCCCUUCAACACCAGCGUCAAUCAAAACCUCCCCAUGCCCGGUCAGCACUUCAGACCGAACCCCGGGGAAAACUUUGGCCACAUGCCCUCCCAGACCAUGACCCAGAUGCCGCACCAUGAGAUGCCGCUGCCUUUUGGGCCCGGAAGUAACCCCAGUUUUAACAGCUCCCAGGUGGAGCCGAACCCUCCCUACGGCCCGCCGCCACACAACUACGGCACCAACAAACCUCUGCAGAGGCCUGUUGCAAACAAGCACGGCCCUACUCCCCCCCAGCACCCCCCGGAGGAGCCAGGGAGUGCAGGGAAUGCGGACCUGAAGCCCGUCGCCCGGCACGCGCCCGCGGAGCCAGACGGCCUCCCUCCCAAGCCCCCUGACGCCCUGAACAGCAGCCAGGCCAACGGCACCCAGAACAAGCCCCUCCUGCCCCGCAGUGCGACCGAAGGGGGCAGCCCGGAGAAGGCCGGCCAGCUCCCUCUCCACUCCGGCCAGCACGGCCACCCGUCCUCCGACCCAGUCUACCCCUGCGGGAUUUGCACACACGAGGUGAACGACGACCAGGAUGCCAUCUUGUGCGAGGCCUCGUGUCAGAAGUGGUUCCACCGGAUCUGCACGGGCAUGACGGAGUCGGCGUACGGCUUGCUCACGGCCGAAGCCUCCGCCGUCUGGGGCUGCGACACGUGCAUGGCUGACAAGGACGUGCAGCUGAUGCGCACCAGAGAGACGGGGGGGCCGCCUGUCCCGAGCGCUGAGGUGUGACGGCCGGAUGUCCAGAGUGAGAGAAGGCAUCCUUGGUGGGAGAGCGGUUGUUUGCCGACUCCCCUCCUGGUGGAGGGCGGCUGCUGUUGCUUUCUGGGCCCUGUUCUUUUCUUUUCCUACCUGUGUUUUCAUCAGAAGAACUUCAAGGUAGUCAGUCCUUCAGGUGCCGCAGGACUCCUGUUUGUGCUCUUGCUUUUGAAGUGCUUGCUCUAAGAUUACGACCGGGUGUUCAUUGCCACACCCUACUUUUGUGCACACAGGCCGUGUUGCCAGAGGGGGUCUGCAAGCCCCCCCCCCCCGCCCCGGCUUCAGUGGAGCCCAAGGGGAGACUGUAGCUACUUUGGAGCAGAACCAGCAGCGAGUGUCUUCUUGGCAUCAGUUGUGUCUUCUGUUGCGAAAGGUCCUUUUCGAAAAAACAAAAAUGUUUCAGAGGAUCUGAGACCACAAGAAAAAAUCAAGCAAUAUUUAUUUUAAAAAGAUGACCAGGAAUGUCCAGUGACUUGUGUGUCCUUGCUGAAACUGUCAACUGUCAAGUGAUAUUCACCAUGAGUCGUGGUAGGGCUAGUCCAGAACUUGGGUAUGUCUCCAGUGUCUGUUUCAGAACAUCAUAUGAGUGGGCUAUGAGGGACCCUCCAAAUAAACGUGUCCGUUUUUAGUAAAUCCUGAA